AUGAUCAACGGGCGAGGGUACGCGCUGAGCACAUACACUGUAGCCAGAUCUCGGCAUAUGUCACAGUUCCCAGCGCGAAGGGGAAACCUCUCGCCAACAAGACAUAUCCAUCGAACAUGCAUGCGUUCGUGGGACCGUCCGCCGCGCACUCCAAAUAGCGGCCCUCAAAAACCAUCGGGAAUUGCCGUGCAGCACGAGCGCGCCCCGCGGUCCUGUCAGAAGCGGCCGAUGUUCGCGCCCGACCUCCCCGGCAGCGGCGCCUUCCCGCCCGUGUCCGUGGGCGGCGGGACGGGCCUGCCGCCCCUGCCGCCCUACUACCCCGCGCUGCUGCCGCCCAUGCCGUUCAAGCCGCCCUUCCUGCCCAUGACGCCCUCCAUGGCGCCCCUCACGCUGCACCUCAGCCACAACUCGGCCUUCAAGCCCAACAUGGCCAUCCUCGGCGGCGACCUGCGGCGGCCGCUUGCGGACGCGGGGCUGCGGCGCUCGCCCUCGCCGCCCGACUUCAAGCCGCCCGCCGCCGACCGCCUAGAGGCCAAGUUCGCGCCCCGCGCCCGCAGCCCCGACUUCAAGGCGGCGGUCGAUGAGCGCGCCGCCGCCAAGCCGCCAAUCGCCGAGCGGCUGGAGCUGAAGCCGCCGCCGGCGGCUGCGGCAGCCAAUGGGCGACGCGAUGGAGGCGCCGCGGCCGGCCAAUGA